GUGUCUGGGGGCUGCGGAAUGCGCGUAGAGGACAAGGGCAUGCUCUGUGGAGGCGGCAGCGAUGCGGGCCUGGCCAACGCCGCGGCGCGGGGGCAAGUGGAGAAGGUGCGGCAGCUCCUGGAAGCCGGCGCAGAUCCCAACGGAGUCAACCGCUUCGGGAGGCGCCCGAUACAGGUCAUGAUGAUGGGCAGCGCCCAAGUGGCCGAGCUGCUGCUCCUCCACGGCGCCGAGCCCAACUGCGCGGACCCUGCCACCCUCACCCGACCGGUGCACGACGCCGCCCGGGAGGGCUUCUUGGAAACGCUGGUGGCGCUGCGCCGGGCCGGGGCGCGGCUGGACGUGCGCGACGCCUGGGGCCGCCUGCCCGUGGACCUGGCUGAGGAGCGGGGCCACCGCGACGUCGCCCGGUACCUGCGCGCGGACGCGGGGGAUUGACGGCGGGUUCAAUUAGCCGCCCACGAUGACUCUUUUUUCUCCCCCAGUUCCCCAUCCCUACCUAGUUC